GGUCAGGAGGAGCUGGAGGAGGGGCGGGCCUCGGCCCGGGUGCGGCGGCUGUCACCCUCUGAGGAGGCGGCGGCGGCCCGCGGGGGGCUGGGGACGGCGUGCGUGGCCUGGGGAGGGUGGCCCGGGCGGCGGCCGCGGCCGCCAGAGGGAGGCGCGGGGAGCGGGAGCUCAGCGGCCCGGCGCGGCCCGGACCCUCGGCGCGGAGGAGGCGGGGUCCAACCCGGGCUGCCUUCCUGAACUUGGUGGGGAAGGGCCCACGGGGCUAGGGGUGUGAGGCGCUACAUCGCAGCGUCCGGGGAAAUGUCUGCGGACCCCCGGGAGAUUUUCUUGUGAAACGUUCCAGUAGAAAAAGUUCUUGGGACAAACUUCAUUUGAUCCAGGCAUAAACGAAAGAAAAGCCUUGCCAAGAUACGGAAGAAAGGACGGGGAUCUCUCCUCCUAAUCUGGGCCUCCUGUCAUGGAUGAAGAGACUCGGCACAGCCUUGAGUGCAUCCAGGCCAAUCAGAUCUUUCCCAGGAAGCAGCUGAUCCGGGAGGAUGAGAAUCUUCAGGUUCCUUUCCUUGAACUUCAUGGAGAAAGCACAGAGUAUGUGGGCCGUGCUGAGGAUGCUAUCAUUGCCCUUUCUAAUUACAGACUUCACAUCAAGUUCAAGGAGUCUCUGGUUAACGUUCCAUUACAGCUUAUAGAAAGUGUUGAAUGCCGAGAUAUAUUUCAGCUUCAUUUGACUUGCAAAGACUGCAAAAUUAUCAGGUGUCAGUUCUCAACCUUUGAGCAGUGUCAAGAGUGGCUGAAAAGACUGAACAAUGCAGUCCGACCACCUGCUAAAAUAGAAGAUCUCUUCUCAUUUGCAUACCAUGCUUGGUGCAUGGAGGUCUACGCCAGUGAAAAAGAGCAACAUGGAGACCUGUGCAGGCCAGGGGAGCACGUAACAUCAAGGUUUAAAAACGAAGUGGAGCGGAUGGGUUUUGAUAUGAACAACGCCUGGAGGAUUUCCAACAUCAAUGAAAAGUACAAGCUGUGUGGUAGCUAUCCACAAGAGCUCAUAGUGCCUGCUUGGAUCACUGACAAAGAACUAGAAAGUGUCGCAAGCUUCAGGUCCUGGAAGCGCAUCCCCGCCGUUGUCUACAGGCACCAGGGCAAUGGAGCUGUCAUUGCCCGCUGUGGACAGCCGGAGGUCAGCUGGUGGGGCUGGCGAAAUGCUGAUGAUGAGCACCUGGUGCAGUCAGUAGCCAAAGCUUGUGCCUCCGACUCCCGAUCCAGUGGCAGCAAGCUGUCAACUAGGAACAGUCCCCGAGACUUCCCCAAUGCAGGAGACCUUUCUGAUGUGGAGUUUGAUUCUUCUCUGUCAAAUGCUUCAGGAGCAGAGAGUUUAGCUGUCCAACCACAGAAGCUUUUGAUCUUGGAUGCACGCUCCUAUGCAGCAGCUGUGGCGAACCGAGCCAAAGGAGGAGGCUGUGAAUGCCCAGAGUAUUACCCGAACUGUGAAGUUGUUUUUAUGGGGAUGGCAAAUAUUCAUUCAAUUCGGAGGAGUUUUCAGUCUCUGCGAUUGCUGUGCACACAGAUGCCAGAUCCGGGAAAUUGGCUCUCAGCUCUUGAAAGUACAAAAUGGCUCCAUCACCUGUCUGUGCUUCUGAAGUCAGCACUUCUGGUAGUGCAUGCUGUGGAUCGUGAUCAACGACCAGUGCUAGCACACUGCUCAGAUGGCUGGGACCGCACCCCCCAGAUUGUGGCAUUGGCUAAGCUCUUGCUGGACCCUUAUUACCGCACCAUAGAGGGUUUCCAGGUCCUCGUGGAGAUGGAGUGGCUGGAUUUUGGCCACAAGUUUGCUGACCGGUGUGGUCAUGGGGAGAACUCGGAUGAUCUGAACGAGCGUUGCCCAGUGUUUUUACAGUGGCUGGACUGUGUUCAUCAGCUUCAGAGGCAAUUUCCGUGCUCUUUUGAGUUCAAUGAAGCAUUCCUUGUGAAACUGGUGCAGCAUACCUAUUCCUGCCUGUUUGGAACAUUCCUGUGCAACAACGCCAAGGAGAGAGGGGAAAAACAUACUCAGGAACGGACGUGUUCUGUGUGGUCGCUGCUUCGGGCGGGCAACAAGGCUUUCAAAAACCUACUGUAUUCCUCUCAGUCAGAAGCCGUGCUGUACCCUGUGUGCCACGUGCGUAACCUGAUGCUGUGGAGUGCAGUGUACCUGCCCUGCCCAUCCCCGUCCACCCCUGUGGACGACAGCUGUGCACCAUACCCAGCCCCUGGCACCAGCCCUGAUGAUACACCUCUGAGUCGGCUACCAAAGACUAGAUCAUUUGACAAUCUGACCACCGCCUGCGAGAACACAGUGCCUCUAGCCAGCCGGCGCAGCAGUGACCCAAGCCUGAAUGAGAAGUGGCAGGAGCACCGUCGCUCGCUGGAACUGAGCACUCUGGCUGGUCCUGGAGAGGAGCUUCUGGAUCCUGACAGCCUGGGGAAGCCAGCCAAAGUGCUGGGUGGCGCCGAGCUGUCUGUUGCAGCUGGAGUAGCUGAGGGGCAGAUGGAGAAUAUCCUGCAAGAGGCCACCAAAGAGGAGAGUGGGGUAGAGGAGCCUGCCCACAGGGAGAUGCAGGAGGUCAAAGAGGAGGCUCUUUUAGAAGAGGGGAGCAGGGGGAAGACCCCUGAGUGCCCAGCCAUUGUGCUUCAUCAAGAGCCAGAACUGGGUGAUGCUGCUCUAAGGAGCCACCAUCCAGGCACCAGCCUUCUUGUGCUCUCACAGGGUAUUCUUGAGCAGCAGGGUGGGCACAGUAUUCUCCCCAGUUCUCUCCAGGAGCCCCCCCCGGGAGAGGAUGCCCAGGAGGUCCCUGUGGAACAGUCUCGAAUAGGAGCUAUCACACAGGACAGGGAGGAGGCAGUCCUUCCAAUAUCAGUAGAUGUGAAAGUUGGCUUUGGUACCUCACAGUCAAGUUCUCUGCCCUCCCAAGUUUCAUUUGAGACCAGAGGACCAAAUGCAGAUAGUUCCAUGGACAUGUUAGUGGAAGAUAAAGUGAAGUCAGAAAGUGGUCCCCAAGGCCAUGAUAGACCUUGCUUACCUGCCAGGGUAAGCAGUGGCAGGUUCAGUGGCAAGGAGGAGCUUCCUCAAGCCAUGGAGCCCAGGCCUUCAGAGAGGAGCCUGGCUGAGAGGCCCCAAGUGGGAUCUCUGGUGUAUAGGACUUCCCCCAGCAGCACCCAGAGCCCAGCGCAUUCUCCUUGUGCCUUGCCUUUAGCUGAAUGUAAAGAGGGGCUUGUGUGCAAUGGUGCUCCAGAGACUGAAAAUAAGGCCUCAGAGCAGCUCCCAGGGCAUAGUACCCUCCAGAAGUACCCUACCCCCAAUGGGCACUGCGCCAAUGGGGAGACUGGUAGGAGCAAGGACUCACUGAGCCGCCAGCUGUCUGCCACAAGCUGCAGCUCUGCCCACUUACACUCGAGGAACUUGCAUCACAAGUGGCUGCACAGCCACUCGGGGAGGGCGUCUGCAACUGGCAGCCCUGACCAGCCUUCCCGCAGCCACCUGGACGAUGACGGCAUGCCUCUGUACACGGACACUAUCCAACAGCGCCUGCGUCAGAUUGAGUCGGGCCACCAGCAGGAAGUGGAGACCUUGAAGAAACAAGUCCAGGAGCUGAGGAGUCGCCUGGAGAGCCAGUACCUGACCAGCUCCCUACGCUUCAAUGGGGACUUUGGGGAUGAAGUGAGUCCUUCAGAGAAAGGACAUGCCCAAAGCACUCAGUUUCAACACACACAUACUUCAAUUCCUGACUCGGAAAGCAUUCUGGAUCAGAACUGUUUGUCUCGCUGCAGCACAGAGAUUUUCUCUGAAGCCAGCUGGGAGCAGGUGGAUAAACAGGACACGGAGAUGACCCGUUGGCUCCCUGACCACCUGGCCGCCCACUGCUAUGCAUGCGACAGCGCCUUCUGGCUUGCCAGCAGGAAGCACCACUGCAGGGACAUUGACCGUGUUGAUCAAACGUGGAAUUGUGGGAACGUAUUCUGCUCCAGUUGUUGUAACCAGAAGGUUCCAGUUCCCAGCCAACAGCUCUUUGAACCUAGUCGAGUGUGCAAGUCUUGUUAUAGCAGCCUGCAUCCCACAAGCUCCAGCAUUGACCUUGAACUGGAUAAGCCCAUUGCAGCCACUUCAAACUGAAGCUCAGUGACCUGGGGCGGGCAGAGGCCAAGCUGCUGUUCCUCUGACAGGCCCACAACAGCCUGGGCAGACUGAGAGGCCCGUGCACUUUGGAAUGGGGACGUGGAACCAACUGUGCAGAGUGAUGGAAGUUUGGGCUGCACCACUGGAUUGUAGAUUGAUCUCUCCCUCCCCAACCCACCCCCGCAUUUGUUUUCCUCUCCAUUUUCUAUCCUCCCUCUGCCUCCAAAAAUGAGACAAGUACCCUAUUUGUCUUUUUUUUUUUUUUUUUUUUGGAUGGAAGACCAGAGGUUGCCAGGCCCCCUGUAACUGUUGAGCUGCCUGCUGUCAGGCAAUGCUGAGGGGUGGCUUAGUUCCUCAGGAUGGGAGGAGGCUGGUUGAGUCAGGAGUGGAGGCCUGAGAUAGAGAGCAGCGAAUAAAGCCAAUGCUGACGUUUGUGACCAUUCCUCGUAUCACUGCCACAUCAGAGCUGAUCGGAUUGGAAAAACCUUUGCUGCUGAGGACGCCGAAAGCAUCUGCUCUAAGAGCAGUGCCCCAGGUGCCCUCUCCCUUCCAAGAGGGACUGGGCUAGUCCCAUCCCACAGGCAGAUAAAUGGGAUUGGGGUUUGGAGAGAGGGGCACAGGCACAUAGUAAGUGGGACCCCUUAGGCGCUCCCACCCCGUUUAGGUAAAGAAGGGGUACACUCGUGAAGCAGGGAGAGGGCUGGGAAUGGGUGGCUGGCUAUUCUCCCCCAUGGGAUUCUCUUUUUAACUUGACCCAGAUUGUCUAGGGCUCCCCUCACUGUCAACAGUCUGCCCCCCCUCAGCCAGGCUGUGUGGCGCUUCCCACCCUCAGGCAUAGGGUGCAGACUGGCCAGAGUGCAGUAUCCUGCUGCCAUGGUCAAGGCCAAAGUAUGCCCUGAGCCUGGAAGCCCCUUCUGGGGCCUGGUCCCCCAAACAAUCUCUCUUCCUCGUCUAGCACACGGAAAUCCAGACUCAGGGUUCCAAAAAUUCCCCACUCCCAAACCAAUCAUGGAUCUCCCCCUUUAGGGGUAGAAUCAGCCUUUCAGAGUGCAGUGUCUGGAGAAGGGAGCAUGUCCCAUAGACUCAGCCUUCCUCCGCCUCCCCUUCUUGGAGCAGUGGGAAGGGCCCAGCGGUCCCACUGCCCUGCUCCUGUGCUGCUGGUCAGCAGUGAGGGGCCACUUGGUGACUCUGCAGGGCUCCUUAGAGAAGUGACAAAGCCCAUAGGAGAUGCAAGGCACCUUUCCUUAGUAAGCUUCGAUAGGGUCCAAAAAGAGCCUUAAAUCAAGAAUAUUUGUGGUGGAGGUGGGUAUGGAGAAGAGUGGAGAGGAGUUUAGGUUUGUGCUUUGUGAUCUUGGCAUCCAUGUUUUGUGCCUGCCCUCCCUCUCGGGGGAAGGGCCAUGCUUGGCUCUGCUAAAAGCUGCUAACUGGUAACAGGGCGGAUUGUGGUGGGCAGUGGGGGUGAGGCCUGGGAACUUUCCUUACCCUUUGGAAGCAAUUCCCUGGCUAAAGGCAAGUUGUCUCUCAGGAAGGUGGCUCCUGUGUGUGCCUGGGUGUAGAUAAGACGUGGCCCAGAAGCCUUCCCUGGAGCUGUCAGUCCAGGCAAAGCCAAGAGCGUCUGAGUGCGUCUGACUUCCCAGUGGCAGGAGGUUGCUCAGAAUCUGAAUUUAGUGAAACAGGGUGUAAGUUCUUCGCACUCUGUGUGGUCUGGCCUUGCAGGUAGGGAGAAGUCAGUCUAACUGAAGAUUGUGCAGGUCCUAGUGACAGGUGCCAAGAGGUUACGAUACGGGUUUCUUGGGUCUGAUGUACAGUGUGAAUAAAUGCUUGCAGCUCUUAGCCCUUUUUUGAUCAAUGAAGCACUUUUUUAUUAAUAUUUUUCUUUGUAUGUAAAGGAGGAACCAUAACUCUCCGUAGCUGUAUAUAUAACCCUUUUCUCCUAAAGAGGAGUUGGUCAGUGCUCCUAUAUUUUUCAUUUUUUGUCAAAGCAAGAAGUAAAUACUUUAGAACUGUUAAAUAUAUAAAUAAAGUGAAUAAAGUUUAGUGUUCCGCAUGGUA